ACGGUCGUCUCAGAAACCAGAGUUAAUUUCGCAACACACGUAAUUUGCUAAGGUCUAAGCGAACUAUCACCAAAAAUUAGGAUUCUGGGUCUGAUCAAGAGGCUAAUAGACUCUCGAAAGUGUCUCUCUUUUCUCUUCUCACCUCCCAAAAAAAAAAACUCUUCCUUUUUUUCCCCUUGAUUACGAUCGAAAAAGGAGUUCUGGGUUUUAGGAUAAGCUCGACCCAUCUUAAUUAUCUGGUUCCGUUGUGUGGUUUCUCUGUAAUUUUGUUUCGUAUUUUUCCUCAGAUUAUAUGGAUUUCAAUGAUCCGAUGCUUGCCCUGAGUUCCUGGAUUGGUCAAGUGAGUUUCUUGAUUGGUGAUUUUGGACUUGAUUUGGUAUGGCGUUUCAUACACAUUGUUGUGACCUUGUGGCACAUUGUCUCUGGCAUCUUUGAGUCGGUCGAAAGCUAUGCGAUCUCGUUAGGAUUGAUUCAGAAAUACAGUUCAAUUGAUAUCGAGAAGCUCAAGUGUCUAGCUGUUGUAGUGGACAUCGAAGCAGCUCGUGAUGUUUCCAAGGUUAUUGAGCUUUUGCAAUGGCUAACGACCAUUGGGGUGAAACAAGUUGGUCUUUUUGACUCUCAAGGUUUACUGAAGAAAUCCAAGGAUAUGAUCCUUGAAAUGGUGCCACGUUCAGUAUUGUUACAGGAGACUGGGGAAAAGCAUAUUUCGCCUGACCGCAUUGCGUUAGAAUUCAUUUCGUCUUCUGACAACAAAGAAGCUGUUGUGAAAGCAGCCAACAUACUACUUGAGAAGUACUUAAAAUCCAUCCAUCCUGAGAACGGUGUAGGGGAAAACGUUUUUACAGAGUCUCAUCUGAACGAAGCAUUAAGAGUUGUUGGUGAGAGUGUACACGUUCCUGAUCUGUUACUGGUUUAUGGACCUGUAAGGAGCCACCUUGGUUUCCCUGCUUGGAGACUUCGAUACACUGAGAUCGUACAUAUGGGAUCGUUGAAGUAUAUGAGAUAUGGUUCCCUUUUGAAGGCAAUCCACAAAUUCACAGGCGUGCGCCAAAACUAUGGGGUUUGAUGGUGAGAUUACAGAGAGCAGGGCUUCCAAUAGAAAUUUUUGAAUGUGAUUCACAUAUUUGUCGUUCAAAGGAGACAUUGUUGGAGAGCUGUUAAUUCAGUGCAGGCUGUGCAGCCACCGUUGUUGUCAAUUAGUUCACAUCUUGUUCUGACAGUUCCAUGUUAUACAGAUUCACAACUUAAAAGCUACAUAUGCCUUGGCAUUGUAUAUGAUUUAAGUACUAAGAAAAAUACUAACGAGAUGGACCAAUACACCCCAGUAGUGGUCGUAAUUCUCGUAUAGUUUUCUGUUUA